CUCUCUCUCUACUCCGCACACAAACGCACAAGCACACACUCUCUCUCUCUCUGUACCCCAUCCCUCGUUCUCUUUUUCUCUCCGGUCUCCAAAGCCACAGUCGUCCUCCUCUGUAAAGUUUUCUCUGUAUCUAUAAUCUACAGAGAACCAAAAUCAGCGAUGAAGAAGCUUAUUCGAAGGCUCUCGCGUGUGUCCGACUCCUCACAGUACUGUCUUCUCCGAUCCGAGCCACGAUCAUCGUCGACUACUCGUCAACGUCGGUCCGAAUCGUUCCGUGCAUCCAUCUCGACGUCUCGCCUCUCCGGCGGCGUUCCGGAGGGACACCUACCGGUGUAUGUCGGCGAGGAAAUGGAAAGGUUUGUAGUGAGCGCUGAGCUCCUUCACCACCCGAUCUUCAUGGAGCUGCUCAACAAAUCCGCUCAAGAGUACGGUUAUGAGCAAAAAGGCGUGCUUCGCAUCCCAUGCCGUGUCCUCGUCUUCGAGCGCGUUCUGGAAGCUUUACGAGUCGGAGAUGAUGCCUCAAGUGACGUACAAGAUCUUCUGAAUUCCUUGUCCCAUGACUUUCUCUAGGCUUUUUUCGAAUCCAAAUUCCUUUUGUUCUUAUCUCAAUACUUUUAAUGGCGAGAUUUGGUCAUCAGGGAUAUAGAUCUUGAUCGUACAUUUAGUUCGCUCCUUUUUUUUUUUUUUGUAUGUAUAUAUUUUGCUAUGAUCAUCAAAGUGAGAUAGGGUAAAGUUAGGGUUUCGGCGACGGUGUGUUUGUCAUGGUGUGGAGGGGAGAUGAAUCGUGAUAUGUAUGUACU